AUGUCAAUGGAACCCAAAGACUGUGGUCCUGAAGCUCAUUGGAAUAUGGAAGGAGAAAUUUUGAAACUCAUCGACCACAAAGGAGGCUGUGAGGGCUGCAAGAACAUGAAAAAGGAGUGCUGUAGAAACGAGUCCAGCUUCGUAAGUCUACAGUUGGUUGAUCCUGACCACAAGAAAAUCAAGGAGGCGGUAUUUGACAGGAAGUACAUCCUUAGAGCCGACAUCUCCAGACCUGACAAGGCUCACUCCAUGCGUGUGAAAAUUGCUUCAGCUUCGGGGAACCCUAACUACAAUUGCACUCACUUACUGAUGACCGUGGGUCAGGAAAGGCAGUGUCCAGAAGGAAACUUGAUCAGCCAGUUUGUUUACAACGAGACGGCGGGCACGGCCGAGGCGGUGCUCGACAGGAUGUUCCGCUUCCCCACCUCUAACAGGGUCCACUUCCAGUGUGAUGUACUCAUCUGCAAGGGUCCGUGUGCCAGUGAUCGGUGUGAGGGGCAGCCGGAGCGACUCACCGUGGUUCAGGGACGAGCCUUACCUGACUCUGAUGUCAACAGUGUGGAGGAGAAGUCAGGCAGAGUGCAAGCUACGACGACUGUUUACGUGGUGGAGCCUACCUCUAUCGGGUUGACCACGUGUGACUGGUACCCCCCGUGGCUGUGGAUCCUGUGCAUCGUGCUGGCCGUCUUGUUUAUUAUCAUGAUGAUCAUCAACAUCUUCCUGUGCUCCGCCAUGACUUGUUCCUGCACCAAGUCUGAGGUCAUCGAGAAGGAGCCAUCCAUCAUCGAGGAGUAUGACCCUUACCGCUCCUGGCAUGGCUCCCAGUAUGGCUCCAGGUACUCUCUCAACGGGAAGGGCUACACGUCUGGAGCAUCGACGAUGAACUCAGCUCGCUCGGUGUCGUCUCACAGCGACCACUACGCCAUCGUCCAUUCCCGCCCCAAUUCUCGCUACUCCGGUCACCACUCCCUCAAGCACGACCGCCACCACCACCCCUCCUCACACUCCCGCGGCCCGCCCUCCACCACCGGCAGCCACUACUCCGGGAAGUACUAAAACAACCCUCCCUCCAGAAACUAUUAGAUGGAACAUUUAGGAGGGAUAGAAGGAAGGGCGGAAA